AAGAAGGCAGUAGUCCUGGUGAGUUAUCCACUCCUUCCAUCUACUCUCUCACACUCAGAGGGAGGAGACAAGGAGCACUCCGCCGCCGCCGGCUGCUCCGUAACCCACGAAGCUAGAUAGAUAAGCAUGGCGGCCACCAGCGCGAGUGCCGGUGCCUCCCUCUCCGUCACGGCUGCCGCUCACCGCCUCAGGCACCGGCAGCUAUGCGCUUGCGCACGUGGGCCCGCGACGCGACCGCAUCCCCUCCUCAAGCUGAACCGCCGCAGCUACGCGGUCGCGGCGUCGUCGGCGGCGGCCAUGUCUCCUCUGUCCCUGUGGGAAGGCCAAGGCAUCCGGGCGGAGUUGGAUGCGCCGGGAGGAGUUGCCAGCGGUGACGUCAUGGGCCUUCUUCUCCGGGAGCGCAUCAUCUUCCUCGGCAACGAGAUCGAGGACUUCCUCGCCGACGCCGUCGUCAGCCAGCUCCUCCUCCUCGACGCCAUGGACUCCGAGUCUGACAUCCGGCUCUUCGUCAACUCCCCCGGUGGAUCACUCAGUGCGACAAUGGCUAUCUUUGAUGUAAUGCAGCUGGUGAGGGCAGAUGUAUCCACUAUUGGAAUGGGCAUAGCUGGAUCCACAGCUUCUAUAAUCCUUGGUGGUGGCGCAAAGGGCAAACGAUUCGCCAUGCCCAACACCAGGAUUAUGAUGCAUCAGCCCGUGGGAGGCGCGAGUGGCCAGGCCUUGGAUGUAGAGGUCCAAGCCAAGGAAAUUCUGGCUAGCAAGAGGAAUGUCAUCCGGCUGAUUUCAGGCUUCACGGGGCGCACACUGGAGCAGGUAGAGAAAGACAUCGAUAGGGACCGAUACAUGGGUCCUCUUGAGGCUGUCGAUUAUGGGAUCAUCGAUGGCGUGAUCGACGAAGACAGCAUCAUGCCACUUGAGCCGGUUCCGGAGAGGGUGAAGCCUAAGUACAACUACGAGGAAAUGUACAAGGACCCUCAGAAGUUCCUUACGCCGCAUGUCCCAGACGAUGAGAUAUACUAAAGCUAGCUUGAGCUUUCGUCAAACAAAGAUGAUGUAAUCCUUAGCAGUAGACUUUAUCUGCCGUUGCAUUAGGUGUGAUGGUGUAGCUGUUGUGUUUUGGCAUUUGACCAAGCAAAUGAAAGCACAUGGAACUUAAAACUGGUCUAACCAGCUAGCCUCGUCGAAUGUAUUCUGCACAGCAAGCAACUGCUGGAGCUUUUGUCAGAAGUUUGUAACACUUGUUUUACUACUAAUUGGCUGUUGCAUUUGGUA